UCAUAUUUUCAAAGUUCAGCCACGGUCACACUUCGCAACAAAUAAUUCCAAGACAGCGGGCGGUUUAAUAGCAAAAUAUUCAAGUAAAUGUUAUUGUUUGUUGGUUUUUAGUCAAUUUACAUCAUGGGAUUCGUGCUGUCCAAGUUCCGGAAGGAAAAGUCUACGGAGGCGGUGUUGGAGGGGCUGCAGACGCAGAUCCAGGCAUUGGAGAAGUACAUGAUCAACACGGAGGAGCGGAAGCGGCGGUUCGUGACGAACUUUGUGGGCUUCACCAUCGGUGCCUAUAUCGUGGGCUUCGGACUCUGGUACUUCUUUUAUUUCCCGCCGACGCUACAGGAGUGCAUUGUGUACCUGGUGCCGCUGCUCCUCUUCCCCAUCGUUAUCAUCUUGCUGCGACGCCUGUUUACGUGGUACUUUCAGCGCAAGCUGAACAAAAAUGGCGAUAAGCUGGCAAAGCUGAAGGAAGACAAGCGCGUCCUAUUGGAGCAGGUCAUGGACAAGGAGACCUAUAAGGUGGCACUGAAUCUCUUGGAGCGCUUUGGUGAUAAGAAGCAGCUUCGCCUCGGCAGCGGCCUGCAGACACCCAACCGGCACACACUGGGCGACCGGUCGCCUCAGCCCGUCGCUCGAGCAGCUAUCGGUCAGCCCCAGCAGCAACAACAACAACAACAGCAGCGAUCGCUGACUCCAUACACUAGCGUCUAUCGAAAUAACAAUAACAAUAGUAGCACCAGUCUGAAUCGCAGCGUCAUCAGCUCGCAUUCGCUGGCGGUGACGUCAGCAUCGCCACAAGUGCGCGCCGUGCAAGAACUGCGCCGGCGAACACCUUUUCCCAUUGUGGAUGAUCGGUCGCGGAGCGCUGUGGAUCGCAUCGUGGACUUCAUCGUGGGUGAUAGUCCACAGAAUCGAUUCGGCAUGAUCUGCAAGGAGUGUCAUGGCCACAACGGAAUGCUGCCGAAGGAGGAGUACGAGUACGCUUCUUUCCGUUGUGCUUUUUGCAAUGUACUGAACCAGGCAAGGAAGGAGCGACCUGUGGCACCCCGCCUUUCGCUAGAGACCCCGACACCAGCCUCGACUAAGCGCAACGAGAGCUCUGAGAGUGAAUCAUCCGAUGAUGAGGAGUCGGAUAAGCAGGCAACAGUGCGACGAGUUCUGCUGCAGGAUGUGCCAUCGAGUCAAGGCGAUAUUGACGCCUCCUACCUUAAGGAAGACUUGGAAACGGAGGAGAGGGAGCCAGAGACAGAGACACCAGAGACUGGAUCUACUGCUGCUGCUGCUGUUAGUGGUGACGUCAGCAAAGCUGAGGUGACUGCUACUGGCAGCUCCUGAGUACACACACACAGACACAUACGUUACAGAUUUAUGCAACACCUUUAGGCGCCAGUCAAGCAAAAUUCUUGGAUUAUUUGCUUAUUAGUUUACAUAUUUAAUUUUUUAAUUGGUAAGCAAAUUUUAACUGAAUCUGUUAUUAUGAAUUUAAAUGGAAUGCGAAAUUGUUUCGAGUA